CCAUCUUUGACGUGUAACUAGUGGCAGAGCGCGAAUACAAAAUUAGACACUACUGUGGUCGUAAACAGUGUCAUUGUUGGUUAUCACUCUAGAGAUGUGCGAUAACCUCUUACGUAAACGGCGAAGAUAACGUUUAAAGCCGUCGAACUUAUAGUUGCGAUGGCGAAUCCAGAAAUUGUGAUUGUAGGUUCUUGUAUGAUAGAUCUUUGCUGUUACGUGUCACGCUUACCAAGAUCGAGCGAGACACUGGAAGGUUACAAGUUUAAGAAAGGUUUUGGAGGAAAAGGUGCAAAUCAGUGUGUAUCGGCCGCUAGAUUGGGAGCUCGAACAGGACUAGUAGCUCGCUUGGGUGAUGAUGUGUUCGCAAAGGAGUACCUCGAGGAGCUACAGAAUGGUGGGAUUAAUACAAAGCAUGUCACAGUUACGAAAGGUGUCUCCAGUGGAAUGGCCCAGAUAACAGUGGCUGAUAGUGGGGAAAACCAGAUAGUGAUUGUACCUGGAGCUAAUACAUAUCUUGAUGAAAAAGACGUAAAUAACGCCAAGGAAAUGAUUAUAAAUGCUAAGAUUGUCCUUUUCCAAAUGGAGACACCUCUAACGACUACAAUGCAUACUCUUCAGCUCAUGCAAGGAAAUAAGGGAAUUUCCAUCCUGAAUGUAGCACCAGCCAGUUCCAGCCUUCCUCCAGAGAUUUACGACCUUGUUGACAUAUUGUGUGUCAAUGAAGUUGAGGCUGAAACAAUAUCAGGCCAUUCUGCAUCAUCCGUCAGUGAAGCAAUUCUGGUAGCAAAAGAUCUGCAACAGAGGUCCAAAUCUGGCCGAUGUUCCAUCGUCCUGACACUGGGUGAAUUUGGAGCAGUAGUCGCAGAAGCUGGAGGAAAGGAUGCAAUCCAUAUACCAGUUCCACAGCAUAAGAGUACUUUUGGUGCUGCACCAGUUGUUGAUUCAACAGGUGCCGGAGAUUCAUUCUUGGGUGCACUGGCAUUCUUCCUCGCACGCUGCCCAAAGUUGUUGUUAACUGAGAUGGUCAGCAGGGCAUGUGCUGUGGCAUCCAUCAGUGUACGAGCAGAAGGAACACAGACUAGUUUCCCUUAUGCACAUCAACUACCACCUGAAAUAUUAAUGAAUUGCUGAUAUUGUACAUAAUAUUUGUGAACUGGGUGCAUUAUUUCAUUACACUGCUUUUGGAAGACUGUCAGUAUUGUUAAGUUGAACACAGGGUGCUUUGUUAAUUUCUGUACUUAGAAGCCAACAGAAGUAAAACUUUAGUGGAUAAAAACUUUUGGAUAAUGUGAUAUCAAUAGCUGAGUUGUAAGGGAUAAAUGAUACUAACACAUGUUACAAUUUCAUAAUGUAAAAUUGUGCAACAAUAAUAAUAUCAGAUGGUAUGCAGGA